AUGCGAUCGCUCACUCCUUAUCUUCUGAGCCUCACGGCUGCUUUUGCCACCUAUACCCAUGCAAAAGACUCGAAUGCGGUGUCCUUGACCCAGGAGACAUUCUAUGAUUUCAUCUCGGAACACGACCUGGUUCUAGCCAAUUUCUACGCGCCGUGGUGUCGCUACUCCAAAGCGCUGGCCCCCAAGUUUGAGAAAGCGGCUACACAGCUGAAAAAAGAGAACAUUCCCCUGGUCAAGGUAGACUGUACGAGGGAGGAAAAGCUGUGUUCGGACUUUGAGAUUGAUGCCUUCCCUACUUUGAAGGUGUUCCGUGGGCCCGAGUCGCAUGAGCCAUACGAUGGCGGUCGUCGAACAGACUCGAUUAUCUCGUACAUGAGGAUUAUCUCGUACAUCACGGACGAGGCGAUUUCCACUGGGGCCAGGGCAGACCUGUAA